AUUUAAUGACUGUAAUUCCAGCACUCGACUGUAUUGUCUCCACUCACUCCAUCAACGUACCUUCUUCUUGUAUGAGUUGUCUCCUCUCUUCAUCUCCCAUGAGGGGAACUUAGGGUUUUGUCUAUCUUCCUUCUUUCCUCCCCUUAUUUCUUCAAAGCUUUCUAUUUCCAUUGUUUUGAAUAAAAAAAAUUUAAAACUUCCCCCCUAAAUCCCUGAGCUUGACCGUAGCUCAAAACCCUAGCUUCCAUGGCAAAAACAAGACCAGGAAUUUCUGGCACCAAGCCCAAACAAGGGAAGAAGGACCUCGACUCUUACACCAUCAGAGGCACCAACAAAGUUGUCAGAGUUGGGGAUUGUGUUCUGAUGCGUCCUUCCGACACUGGUAAGCCCCCGUAUGUGGCACGAGUUGAGAAAAUUGAAGCAGAUAGCAGGAAUAAUGUGAAGGUUCGAGUACGGUGGUAUUAUCGUCCCGAGGAGUCACUUGGAGGAAGGAGGCAGUUCCAUGGAGCAAAGGAGCUGUUUUUGUCUGACCACUAUGAUGUGCAGAGUGCUCACACCAUUGAAGGGAAGUGCAUCGUUCAUUCUUUCAAGAACUACACUAAGCUUGAGGAUGUUGGGGCUGAGGAUUACUAUUGUAGGUUCGAGUAUAAAGCUGCUACCGGUGCCUUUACUCCUGACCGAGUUGCUGUGUAUUGCAAAUGUGAGAUGCCUUACAACCCUGAUGAUCUCAUGGUGCAAUGUGAGGGCUGCAAGGACUGGUAUCAUCCCGCUUGUGUGGACAUGACAAUUGAGGAAGCGAAAAUGUUGGAUCACUUUGUUUGUUCCGAAUGUUCUGAGGAUGAUCUGAAAAGAUCACAGAACGGAUUUCAUCCAUCACCAGUAUCUGAUGUAAAGGUGGACGCCAAACGACGAAAGAGGUAAGUAAGCCAUGGGGAAAUUUUGUUGCUUGAGGGGAGAGACUCCUUAUGCAGAUUUAGCUUGUUGUCUGUCUGAGAUGUAUAGUGCAGAAGUUGUGUUUUGUCCGAACUGGUGGCUGUUAGUAACUUAUGUGUUGGAGUGGAGACAUCUGUGUCUGUAUGUUAGAUCAAGGAGAUUAAAUCUGUGCAGGAGGAUUUAUCUGUAGUUCUCUGAUGUUGAACCGAUAUUUGCGGUACAAAAUCUUUCCAAUCUUGCCUUUCUUUCCAUCA